ACGUGUUUUCUUUAGACUACAUCAUGAGCCAGGGUAAAGACAAUGCACGACUUAAGAGCUACAAGAACAAGUCCCUCAACACAGAUGAAAUGAGAAGGAGGAGGGAAGAGGAAGGCUUACAACUUCGUAAGCAGAAAAAGGAUGAACAGCUUUUUAAGAGAAGAAAUGUCGCCACAGUGGAGGAUGAUGGAAUCUUUGAGGAUGAUGGCAUGGCUGACAGUGGCUAUCUGGAGUCCCAGGCGAACAACAUGGACCCACUUUUGGGUGGGGUGAUCUCAGAGGAUAUGAUUCAAAUGAUCUUCUCCACUUCCCCUGAGCAGCAACUAAUAGGUACCCAGCGAUUUCGGAAACUCUUGUCUAAAGAACCAAACCCACCCAUUGAUGAAGUAAUUGCAACUCCAGGUGUGGUGGAGCAAUUUGUUGAGUUUCUAAAAAGAAAAGAAAACUGUACAUUGCAGUUUGAGGCAGCGUGGGUUUUGACCAACAUUGCAUCUGGUACAUCACACCAAACACGUGUGGUUAUUCAAGCCGGAGCUGUGCCCAUUUUUAUAGAGAUGCUCAGCUCAGACUUUGAAGAUGUACAGGAACAGGCUGUGUGGGCAUUAGGAAACAUUGCAGGUGACAGCACAGAAUGCAGAGACUUUGUCAUAGACUGCAAUAUCCUACCUUCCCUGGGGCAAUUAUUGGCCAAACAGAAUCGUCUUACAAUGAUGAGAAACGCUGUGUGGGCGCUCUCAAACCUCUGCCGGGGCAAGAAUCCACCUCCAGAUUUUUCCAAGGUCUCUCCUUGCCUCAGUGUACUAUCUUGGUUGCUGUUUGUCAAUGACACUGACAUACUGGCUGAUGCCUGCUGGGCUCUCUCCUAUCUUUCUGAUGGCCCCAAUGACAAAAUUCAAGCUGUUAUUGACUCAGGAGUCUGUUGCAGGCUGGUGGAGUUACUCAUGCACUCGGACUACAAAGUAGUAUCUCCAGCUUUGCGAGCAGUUGGAAACAUAGUAACCGGAGAUGACUUGCAGACACAAGUUAUACUGAAUUGUUCAGCGUUGAAGGCUCUUCUUCAUCUCCUGAACAGUCCAAAGGAGUCCAUCAAAAAGGAAGCUUGUUGGACAAUUUCCAAUAUUACAGCAGGAAACCGAGCACAAAUACAGAUGGUUAUAGACGCGGGGCUACUAUCUCCUCUUAUCACUAUUCUCCAAGUUGCAGAGUUUCGCACUCGAAAGGAGGCUGCCUGGGCCAUCACUAAUGCCACUUCUGGAGGCUCUGCUGACCAGAUAAGACAUUUAGUGGAUCUUGGCUGCAUUAAACCACUGUGUGAUCUGCUCACACUAAUGGAUUCGAAAAUUGUUCAAGUUGCUCUUAAUGGCUUGGAGAACAUCCUGCGCCUGGGAGAACUGGAAGCGAAGAGGGGAGGAGUCAUCAACCCUUACUGUGAACUUGUUGAAAAGUCUUAUGGUUUGGACAAACUGGAGUUUCUUCAGGGUCAUGAGAACCAAGAGAUCUAUCAGAAAGCCUUUGACCUGAUAGAGCGCUAUUUCAACACUGACGAUGAAGACCCGUCACUGGCCCCGACUGUGGAUCUGCAGCAGCAGCAGUUUCUCUUCCAGCAGUGUGAAGCACCUAUGGAAGGCUUUCAGCUAUAAUGCUAAAUCCUCCACUUUCAUCCUUUCUGCUAAUUUGUCUCUGAGCCCCCUGCCAUUUUCCAGGGCACUCAAAAAUUCAGCCUCCUUCUAUCAGAGAUGCAUCACACAACUCUAAAGAUCAUGGGAAUUAUGGAGUGUUCCAUGUGGGUCCUGUUCUGCAGUCUUGUAACCAGUGUAUGCAGGUUCAUUCAUUCAUUCAUAUGUGGAGACGUCCUGUCUGAACUCUGGAAGCAUCGUUUAAAUUGUAGAGUCUACCGUAGCCCCGUAGUGACUGUGACACCUGGGCCUUCCCCUGAGCAGAUGUGUGCUUCUUGGAUCCUCAACUCCGCUGAAAAAACAUCUUUGGUUCUUAAGGAAUCAUUUCUGUUAAACUUUAGUUUGAUUGUGGGAGUCACUUGGACUUAACUACUUGUCUGUUUAAAGCAUUAACAACUCAUAAGACAAACACACAGACUCAUUUUAAUCUCCCUCUCAGCAGUGUGAUCUCAUUUUCAAUACUGGACUGACACUGAGACACUGAACAAGUUUGACUGUGGUCAUUUGACUGAAAUAUGACCAGUCCCAACCCAUCUUCUCAAAGGACUUUAAAAAAGGCACUUAACAGCUUCAUCGUUUUCAGCCAUGGGAUAAACUUUUAGACAAAUUAAGAAUUUGUGCCACUGAGGGGCAAAUGGCCAUUUGCUGCCUCUCAUGGAUCUCAUAUCAUGCAUUCCUUUAUAAGUAGUAACUUUCAGCUGCUGUGGUCCAUUCAAAGAGUUGACUGCUUCCUGUCACUCAUUCGUGAAAAAGCCCAUAGAAUGGGAAUUUGAGUCUUCCCUUGCACUGAGACAAUUUGGACAUACUUGGACAGAAGAGACUUAAACCGUGACAUCUGUCAAGCAGUGGAUCAUGCUUUUUUAAUCAUUGUACCAUCAUUUCUUUUUCUGCACUUUAGUUCAGGGUGUAUUUGCUUUGAGAAAUUACCUUUUUUUUUUUACUAUUUAAUUGGUGGAUUAUAUAGGCUCUCUCUUCUCAGGUUUAGAGAGGUGCAGUUCAUGUUCCCUCUAGUAUGAAAGGGAUUACAGUAUAUUUUAUUUACAAUUCUUGCAAGAGGGGUUUCACUUUGUCAAGUAAAAUUUGGCACACUACUUAACAAUCAUCAGGUUGCCUCUGCAAUGCUAGAACAAGACUAAGUUUUAUCUAAAUUGGCAAUUUCUGAUAAAACACAAUAGCAUUCCGGUAUUUUUGUUUAUGCCAAAUUAAUACAGCCAUUUCCAGAGUGUGAUUUAUAUAUUGUUUUAUUAAAUUGGUGUUAGCAUCAGCUGUGUUGCUGAUUGUGCCAUAUUACAAAGGAAAUAACUGUGGUAAACAUAAAUGAAUGUUUAUUUUCAACACCCACUAUGCUCACCUUUCUUUUGUUUAAAUCUCCUAAGAGAUUACCCACCCUUCAUGUUCAUUACUGUUAAUUGUAUUAAGUUUGUGCAACUGUUAUGUCAUUUGCAUAAAAGCUGUUCCAUCAACAA